AUGUUUUUACGACGCGCCUUGUCCGUUCUCCCCAUUGUGGGCUCUGCCCUUGCGCAAGCUGGUGGCCCUUACGUCGACCCAGACAAUGGCAUCACCUUCUCUGGAUACACAGAUCCAGUACAUGGCGUUACAUACGGCUUCGUUUUUCCCUCCGUCGCGUCCAACUCCCAAGAAUUUAUUGGUGAAAUCGUAGCGCCUCUCGCCAAUGCAUGGGUAGGAGUUUCUCCUGGAGGAGCGAUGUUGCACAACCUAUUAUUGGUGGCCUGGCCAAACGCCGGAAAGAUCGUCCGCUCAGCUCGCUACACAGAGACUUACAACCUCCCUACCGCUAUGUCAGGGCCAAUUCUCACGGAUUUACCUUCUUCAAAAGUAAAUUCCACUCACUGGAAGUGGGUUUACCGUUGCCAGAACUGCGUUACCUGGCAAACCCAGAGUGGUCCUCAGACCCUCCCAACUAACGAUUUCGGUGUCCCCGCAUGGGCAACCUCAAGUGUUGCAGUCGACGACCCGUCUGACCCUCAGAGCACCUUCCAGGAACACACUGACUUUGGCUUCUAUGGACUCGACUUCUCCCAGGCCCACGUUUCCGACGAUCAAUAUGCUAUUUGGGCGGCUGGAGGCACCGGAGGAGGUUCUUCGACUACUUCCGUACCCACGUCUACUAGCACCAGCACCAGUGCUUCUUCCACUCCCACCGUCUCUGCCAUUCCUUACGAUUACAUCGUUGUAGGAGGAGGAGCUGGUGGUUUGAUUGCUGCCGACCGUCUUUCGGAAGCCGGAAAGAAAGUCUUGUUGCUCGAGCGUGGAGGACCCAGUCUCGGUGCAACCGGCGGAACCUACCAGCCAACUUGGUUGAAGGGUACCAACUUCACCAAGUUCGAUGUUCCCGGACUCUUCGAAACCAUGUUCUCCGAUGGUAACCCAUUCUGGUGGUGCAAGGAUGUUAACGUUUUUGCUGGAUGCCUUCUUGGUGGUGGAACUGCCAUUAACGGAGCUCUUUACUGGUUCCCAACUUACAUGGACUUCUCGUCUGCUGCUGGUUGGCCUGCGUCUUGGAACAACCACGGUCCAUACACUGCCAAGCUCAAAGCGAAGCUUCCAGGAUCCGACCACCCUUCGACCGAUGGAAAGCGAUACCUCGAACAGACAUACAACGUUGCUGCUCAGCUUCUCAACUCUCAAGGAUACACCAACAUCACAAUCAACGACAACCCCGACUUCAAGGACCAUGCUUACGGCUACAGUACAUUCGCGUUCGCCAAUGGAAAGCGUGCAGGCACAAUUACUCCUUACUACACCACCGCCGUCGCUCGCCCGAACCUGACCUACAAGCAGUACACCAUGGUGCUCAACGUUGUUCGAAACGGUAGUCAGAUUCUCGGUGUCAAGACGAACGACACCUCGCUCGGCCCCAACGGUGUUAUCCCUCUGACGUCCAAAGGUCGCGUCGUCCUUUCGGCAGGCUCCUUCGGCACUCCCCGCAUUCUGUUCCGCAGUGGUAUCGGCCCUUCUGAUAUGAUCAACCUGGUCAAGAACGACGCCAAUGCUGGACCUAACCUGCCUCCUCAGUCCGACUGGAUCAACCUCCCCGUUGGAUACAAUGUUUCCGAUAACCCGUCAAUCAACCUUGUAUUCACCCACCCGUCCGUCGAUGCUUAUGAGAACUGGGCACAAGUCUGGACCAACCCAAGGCCUGCUGACGCUGCUCAAUACAUCAAGGACCAAUCCGGUGUUCUUGCUCAGGCAUCUCCAAGACUCAACUUCUGGAGAGCAUACAGUAGCCCCGACCAGAGGACGCGUUACCUCCAAGGUACCGUUCGCCCAGGUGCCGCCUCUGUUACAACCGUAUACCCCUAUAACGCCAGCCAGAUCAUGACCAUCACCGCUUACUUGUCGACUGGUAUUACUUCGCGUGGACGCAUUGGAAUCGAUGCUGCCCUCACCGCCCGCCCUCUCGUCAACCCCUGGUUCGUUGACCCCGUCGACAAGACUGUCUUGAUCCAAGGUCUCAAUGACAUCGUUGCGGGUGUCAAGAACGUGCCCGGAUUGACAAUGAUCACACCCGACAACACCACCACUAUCACUGACUACGUCAACAACUACGACCCCGGCUCGCUCAACUCUAACCAUUGGGUUGGCUCCUGCUCGAUCGGCAUUGUCGUCGACGAAAACCUGCUCGUCAAAGGCACCAAAAAUCUCCACAUCAUCGAUGCCUCCGUUAUUCCCUCGCUGCCCGUCGGCAACCCCAGCGGUACCAUCAUGUCGAUGGCCGAACAGGGGGUCGCCAAGGUGCUUGCCCUCGCUGGUGGCCCGUGA